AUGGCGGACAUUAUUAGGUUGCAAUCAGGUGAGAAGAUCGAUCAAUGGACUGUUGUUGAAAAACUUGGCGAGGGCGGUUUUGGAUCAGUCUAUAAGGUAUCGAGGGGAAACGAAAUUUAUGCACUAAAAACAGAAAGCUUAAAGGAGAAAGUUAAAUUGUUAAAAAUGGAAGUUUAUGUGCUUAAAUUAGCGAAUGAACGAAAAAGCAAACAUUUCUGUACAUGCGAAGAUACAGGAAUCUAUAAAAAAUGCUUAUAUUUGGUGAUGACACUACUUGGACCUUGUUUACAGGAUAUAAGGAAAGAGUUACCCGGGCAAAAAUUUUCCAUGGGUUGUGCACUAUCUGUUGGAAUUCAGUGUUUGGAAGCAAUUGAAGAACUUCACGCUAUUGGAUUUUUGCAUCGUGAUAUUAAACCAAGUAAUUACGCAACGGGUCGUGGAAAACUUGAUGAAUUACGACGGAUUUACAUAUUGGACUUUGGGAUGUGCCGAAGCUAUUUAGAUGAACAUGGACGGUUUCGACCUCCGAGAAAGAUAGCUGGAUUCCGUGGUACGAUUCGAUACGCAUCGUUAUCGUGUCACAUACGACGUGAAACAUGUCGCAAGGAUGAUAUUGAAUCGUGGCUCUAUCAGCAAAUUGAAAUUACACGUGGUGCACUUCCGUGGCGUUCGUUAGACGAUAAAAAGGAUGAAGUAGCAAUGUUUAAAGAGCGAUGUCGUUUUGAAAUGGGUCUACAGGAGCUUAUGGGUGGUUGUCCGCGAGAGUAUGUCGAAAUUUUACAUUACAUUGAUAGCUUACGGUUUUACGAUAAUCCAAAUUAUGAAAAGAUUUACAAGCUAAUGAGGAAAGCAAUAUCGGUGCUACAGGUGCAAGAAUUUCCCUAUGAUUGGGAAGCCGGAUUCGGCAAAGUGCAAGGUAGCUAA